AUGGAAGAAAUCUAUUCCAGUGUCGCAGAGAACAUUAUGUCUCGCGAUCUGAAAAUAUCUGCGGAGAUUUAUAUUGAAACCCUCCGCGGAUGGGUGGAGGAGAUAAAGGAGAACCCUAAUCCCCUAAAAUCCCUCAUUAGGGAACACCUUAUUGGAAAUGAACGGAGAAGUGGUGGAACGUGCGAAACCACAUAUUGGAUCACUCCAGUGCGGCACGAAGCCGCUGACGCCGAGUCGGCUCCUAUGCCGCUAGCUAUGCCCUGCUUGGUCCCCCGGCACGGUGGAGGUCCCGUAGCGCGUCACGAGCACCGGGCUAAGGGGCGGUUGAGCAACUCAAGCGAACCGCCCUACCUUACUACAACAUAA